AUGUCCCUAUUGGAUCCGCAUGACAGUAUUUCUAAUCCAUUGGCAUUUGUCCUCCGAGGCGCAACUAUUUAUCCUCAUAAACUUGCAAUUGCUCACCCAGACGUUGAGAACCCUGUAGCCUAUACAUAUUCGGUAUGGGCACAAAGGAUACAGAAUCUUGCAUAUGCUUUGAUUUGGUCCGGAAUAAAACCAGGGGAUAGAGUCGCUGUCAUAUCGCCUAACACACCAAUGAUUGCAGAGGCAAUGCACGGAGUACUCGCCGCUCGAGCUAUAAUUACACUGAUAAAUACCAGACUGACGAAGUCCGAGGUUGAUUACAUAUUGCAACACUCCGGAUCAAAGCUUAUACUUGUCGAUCACGAAUACACGCAUUUUACUAAGGAUGCUAAAGUUCCUGUUAUAGUCAGCAGAGACACUGGAAGGUUUGGGUGUCCAUAUGAGGAGUUCUUGUCUAAAGGAAGGCAACAUAGUAACGAGAGAGGCUGGCCUGGUCUCGAAAUGGAGCUUGAUGAGGAUGCAGGUGCCGUACUUUGCUACACUUCUGGCACUACCGGAAGACCGAAAGGCGUUCUUACAACUCUAAGAGGGUCAUAUUUGGGUGCUGUUGGUAAUGCAUAUGAAGCAAGAAUGACUCCUGACUCGGUAUAUCUGUGGGUCUUACCGAUGUUCCAUGCUGCUGGAUGGACCUUUCCGUGGUCAAUCACCUUUUCCUUUGCUGCACAGAUCACUCAACGGAACGUGUCAAAUACCCAUAUUUGGCGACAUUUUCUGAACUCAGGUGUUACUCAUUACUGCGGGGCACCGACUGUUCAGCUUGGUAUCAUCACACACCCAGACGCGAUAAGAUUGGAAAAGCCUGUGGCUACGAUCAUAGCCGGUUCUGCUCCUACCGCACACCUGAUCGGUGAACUAGAAAAGAAGAAUAUACAUGUUGUUCAUGUAUACGGACUAACGUACACGUAUGGUCCAUUUACGCGUGGCUACGCUCAGCCAUUCUGGAAAGACCUAUCCCUUGAAGAGCGCGCCAAGUUUCUAGCCCGACAAGGUCACGCCUUCGCCACAGCGCAAGAAGUUCGGGUAGUCUAUCAAGACGACAGCGAUGAACUCACGGACGUACCGGCUGACGGAAAGACCGUCGGAGAGGUCGUGACUCGUGGCAACAUCGUCAUGAAGGAGUACUUUCGCGAUCCGGAAGCAACCAAGAAGGCCUUCCGAGGUGGAUAUUUCGCUUCCGGAGAUCUUGCGGUUAUGCAUGAAGACGGGAGUAUAGCUAUCCAGGAUCGGAGUAAAGAUAUUAUCAUUUCGGGUGGCGAGAACGCUUCAAGUCUAGCAAUUGAGCAAGAACUGGCGGAGCACCACGCAGUGCACGAAGUCGCAGUCGUAGCUAGACCACAUCCUAAAUGGGGCGAACGUCCAAUGGCCUUUGUCAUUCUCACUCCAGCUGCCGAAAAGGAAUAUGCUGGCAGGCAUCAUGAUUUCGAGGUAGAACUCAAGAAAUUCGCAAGGUCUCGUCUACCUGGAUUCGCAUGUCCCGAAUGGGUGCGAGUCGUAGAUGAACUUCCUAAAAAUUCAACGGGUAAGAUCAUGAAAACAGCCUUGCGCGGCAUCGUUGCCCGACUAUAACUAUUAUUAUAUAAAUGUGACGUCGAGGAUUCGAGGCAUAUAAAAAUUUGUAGGGGCUACAUAUGAUGUCUACUAAAAUUACGAGUGAGGGUAUAAAUGCCGACAAGAUGGAUGGAAGAUAGAUUGAUUGAUUGAAUGUGCGGGGCGGGGGUGUACAUGUAGAAACUUUGGAUAUCAUAAUAAUGAUGUAGUUGAUGCUGUGUUCGGACAAAGUCGUAGGAUGCGGAAUGAACCAUUACUUCGUUCGCAGAAAUAUACAGUCUCGCUUAUACGUCCCAAAAACAGAAGUUCUUCGUGUUGACGGCCUUCGUAGUCGUCAGCAUUGCCAAGUGCUAACUCAUUCUUGCCAGUGGAUUUUCCGAUCCCAAGGCCGCCUUGUUUCUUCCCUGACGGGGUACUUAGCAAGACCUUGUCGGACGAAACAGGACCAGCAGCAAAUGCCGCAAGAGGAGCGCCGACUCUCCAGACAAAAGGACCGCGUCUACUGACGGUCGAUUGAUGCGGUUUGAAGUUAGGAAGAGCGGGUCGCGACAUAUCUCCCGGACCCAUUAAGGCAUCUGCAACGUUUGUCACCUCUAGGCCGCCUUGCCGGACAGCAGCAAUGACUGCGGUGUCUCCAAUGUCAAAUGCCUCCAAUCGUUUCACAUCUCCAAGCCUGUUUCCGUAAACAGAGAAAUCCUCUUCUUCAUCAAUACUCCAAUGUAAGCGACCUCGUAGGACAGAUCGUCCACGGGCGUCGACUACCGUUGUGCUAUGACCACCUCGACUCGUGAAAAACAAAGCCGGUGGUCCGUAACGACGCUGUUGAGUCAACAAAGAAAUAGGAUCUAAUAACGGUCUGACUGGUUCAGAUGGGAGACUGAAGUUCUUCAAAGGAGGCGGGGGAGGACGGAACGGAUGGGCCGGGUCAACACUUUGCGCUCUCAAAUCCUUCAAAAGAAUAUAAUCCUCAUCCUCUUCACGUCGAACCGGCAGGUCAGGAGGUAGGAGACCAUCCUUAUACCAAGUUUGCAUGAGAGAGGCUUUCCAGGGACCUUGUACGACGCCUUUAGGAUCCCGAUAAUACCACUUAGAAGGAGGAAGGGCUAGUGGUAUCGGGAGACCUGGAGGACUGAAUUGCACAUUUGCCAGAUCAAGAUUAUUGGCACCAUCUGGCUCAGGCUCGUACUGAGCCCGGUAUUCCAGGAAUGUUUGAUAUGUGGGAGGGAUAACACAUUCGUCAGCUAUUGUCGCAAGUGGAAACUGCGGCGCGAAUGAUAACUGUUGGAAGGUCGUGUAAGGUGCUACAUGCGCAGUUGCAAGGGCGGCCAACUCCUCCGAUUGCGUCGUAUUGGGCGGUGGUUGCGUCGACUCGGAAGCGUUGAGAUUCGAUUCCGACGCUUGUCUGCUCAUAGGCGGAGGAGUAGAAACACUUUCGUCGAAAGUUUGUGAUGUUGUCGACGUCGUUAAUGUCACUCCAACGCUGACGUUAGCGUCCGUCGCAUCUCCGUCUCCAAGAGAGGGACCAUUCACUUCCGUACUAGCAAGUUCUUCCGCCCUAUUUUCUCGGGCACGACGACGCGCGGCACGUCUCUCAGCUCGACCGACUCUGACUUCACGGACUCUCACGGUUGCAGGCUCCAAUCCAAAAACAUUCUGAGCAAAAACAAGGAAUACUUCGACCAAAUCGUCUCCUUGUAACUGGAGCUCAAGAGAACGAGGUGAGUCGGGUAGGAUGAAGGUACGGGAAAGGCCAAGUGUUGUUCUGUAGGUCCCUGCAAAUAGUUCCACCUUCUCGCCAUUCUCUCCGCAGAGAAUAGCCAGGAAACUUUUCUUGGCAGUUUCAACCGCCUUGAUCAUGACCGCCCCUUUGGUUCCUGGUAACUUGACAUACUCAAGUUUCGGAGCAGGUGGCAACGGCGCACCAGCAUUACUUGAUUUUGUUGAUUCACCCGGUAAAGAUUUUGCUCCGGGACUGGGUUGAUCAUCCGAGCGCCGCGAAUGCAGGGCGUUAGUUAUUAUUCGCGGAAGAAAUCGUCGUUGUGAUGGAGUAGAAGGUGCAGACGGGGAAGGCGAAGGAGCAGCUGGCAUUGAUCUGGCUGUACUUGGACGCGAGAGGGAAGUAGCAGAUGCAUGUCCACGUGAAAGUCGCCUUACAGUGGUAUUUGCAUCAGCAGAGUUCAUGCGGAUAAGACCAGUUGAUGGUCGUUCACUAAGCGAUUCUCUGAUUGCCCGAGACCGAUUUGAUGAAUUAUCGGGUCGAAUCGAUUCCGUGCUGCCGGAUUGUGAGAACAUGCCAUCCAGAACCGACCAUCGCCGCCGUGCGCGCCGCGAUGCAGGAUUGAUAUCAACAUUUUCUGUCGAUGCACUCUCAACCGGACUCUGAGGCUCCGUAGCAUCGCGUGAAUUGAUGAGUAUCGGUUCUUGUGGUCGCUGCGAGCCAGGUGGAGGAAGAUCAGGCAGUCGACUCUCCAUGAGAGCCUGAGCAAAACUGAUGGGUUCACCAUCACCAUCACCAUCGUCAUCGUCGUCCUCUCCGUCUACAUCGGACGUAAUGGUCCUCGAGCGGUCCUCUUCGGAUGGUGCAGCUGCUAAUGCUUGACGUAGAGUCCAAACAGACGGAGUGGGCGACGGUGGUGGUCGUGAUGCAUUCCCAGUGACGGUCGGCGUUCGGGACAAUGUAAGGUCCAGCUGCGCCGGUCUACUCGACCGUCGAGUCAUCGUCGGUGACGCAGAUGUUUGGGAGAGUCGUCGCGAUUCAGCUAAGUUCGGUAUGUCCAAAGGCGUUACAGCUUGGCCUCCCUCCACAGGCGAAGGGUGGGUGACUGAAGGCCCUCCAGAUGCCAUAGAACUUGUCCGUUCAUCAAGAGCCGCACUUCCACUGGGACCCGCGGUUGCCAUGUUGAUAGCUUCAUCGUCGCUCGAAUGAUGCUCCCAGUCGCCCUUUUCAUCAUCGCGAGGAACAGAGACUACACUACGUCGACGUGCUGAAGUACCAGCUAAUACAUUUUGCACAGAACCGGAACGGGAUCGAGUCUGGGUAACUGAGAUAACGGAAGACUGGUUUUCCAAACCAGGUCGAGAAGUUGGAGCCUGAUAAGGAGGAGGAUCACUGAUCCGAUGAGCACUCGAUGUAUCUCUCGAAGAUGCUCUCCUUAACUUCCGGCCCGUAACCGGAGGUCGGGGCCGAGGAGGAGCGGAACCGGUAGUCGUAGCUGUUCCAACGGAAGAUUUCCGCCUUUUGUUCUUCGGUGUAGCUGGAGUCGGAGUGGUAGGCGAUUCCGCCAAGCUCGAUUUGUUGGGCUUUUCAUGCAGAGGUGUGCCGGAUUUUAGUUCGCCAAAGACCUUGUCGACAUUCGAUGUUCCCCUCUUUGCCUCCUCUCGCUUCAACCUUUCUUUCUCGCGUCUAAUCUCCACGUCGACUCGCCACUCGACAGCUUUCUUAACCUCUUCCAAGGCGUAGACUCUUACACCGUCCCUUCUCCCGGCAAUAGCCACGAGGACACCCUUCUCCUCCAUCACCACGACACUCUUGAAGCUGACCCGGCGCACCAAAGCAUAUGGCUGUGGCGCAGGUGGCGCGACGAGAGGAAGAACAUCUAAACCUUGAGUAUGGCAUAAUAGAAGAUAAUGUGGCUUCAUAAAGGUCCCACUGGUUGGUGGUGUGCUGAAGUGUGAAGGAGUGAGAAUGGAAGUUACAGCAGUCAAAGAAAGACCAAGCUCCUGCAAAGAAGGAGCUGGUAAAGCUGGUGGUGGUGUAAUAGGCCGAGCUGCACGUAGAGGGGACGAUGCCCUUGAAGAUUCAUCGCCUUUAGAAUGAGCCGGUUCUCCGUCUUCGCGAGCAGAAGGUCUGCCUGACGAUCCUGGCGCAUGGUCACGUUCGGGCCGACGGUGUAUGAGAUUUGACAAGAGACUUGAAAAUCGAUUCGUAGAGCGGCCCUAGACAAAUAAAAGGGGGAAAGAAAUCGAAUAGGUAGCCAAAUGUUAGCCAGGAGGUAGAGGAAAAACACAGAGGAGGCGAGCAGACAUACGUCGAUUGCCGAUCGUCUUCUGCUUUGUCUGCGACUUAGUCCAUGGCUUGACUGGGUUGGCGAAGGAGACACGGGUCGCGUGCUCGAAGUAGAAGAAGGAGCUUCGAGCGACGUUCCAGCGUGGGUGGAGGCCGAUGGCGUCGGGGAUGUUGGCAUGGAAGGCACUUCCAAGGUCGGCGGACGGGCGGUGGCGAGUUCAGCUUGUGCUGGGGCAGGAUCAGAAGGAGUGCUAAUGGCCGACGGAGGUUCCUCAACAGUCAUGACCUCCGAUUCGCCUUUAUUAUUUUCCCCAGUCACGACCUUGAGCUGAACCAAGUCGGGAUCCAACCCCAAACGGGAGCUCGGUACGUUAGUGCUGCCAAUAUUGUCUGCAUUGACGGAUUCAGCAAUUUCCUGUUGCACUGCAUCUACCUCCGCAGCCUCUGUGAUCUCCUGUGCAUCACUCCAUAUCUCAUCUACAUCUUCCAGAAUUGUCGCCAUACUACCAGUGUCAUCGUUUGAGAUCGUACUUCUCACAGGCGACACGGGCGGGUCUGUCGGACCCGGUGCGGACGGCUCGCUGGGCUGGUGUUGUCCGGAGGUUUCAGCAGUCGAUGAAUGAGCUUCAUUGUCCAUAAGAACGGGAGGAGACUCGGACGGACAGAAGAGGCAGGAGAAGAAGAACGGGAAGACACUACUGAGGAGAGGACAAGACAAGAAGAGCCAACCUAGGCGGGCUAUUGACCGACCGCGAGUUGAUGGGCUACUGCUUUCCCACGGCGCCCUGACACUGCAUCGGACCGGCUUACGCGAGAGGGAACAUGCAAUUCAUCACUGGCAUCAAAACAAUUUGACAGAAAAACAAGGCUGCAGUGCCGAGUAGGCUGCUACUCAUCAGUGGCAAAAGGAGAGGGAGGUCAAAUUGCUCUCUGAUUCUACAAUACACAUGAUUAUUCCCAAGGAAAAAGCUCGCCCUCAAGAUAGAAGCCCGAUGCUACCGCCAGGGUUCAAGAUGCUCUCCCGGUAGUCUUCUGUGUUUAAUCAUAGUCAUCGUCAUCAAGGUUGGGAUCUCGCCCGUUCUGAGCUCCGAGUUCUUCGCCGAAAGGAUCACCGGACUCUAUCGUCCGCCUCGUAUCGUCCGCUUUCUUCGUCCGUUUUUCCUUUUCUUUCGCCUCUUGUUCUGCUUUCUUUGCGAGGUACGCCUUGCUCCCAACAACCUUCUCUGGAUUUUUGCACAGCCGGAGUCGUUUAUCAACGUCCCUCACCUUCUCUACGUCGGGUCCUGAUCCGUCCCGCUUAAUCAUCUGUUCGAUAUCUUUGACAACUGAUAAAACAGACUCCGCCCCCUUCGACUGAGCCCAGGCGGUGGCUAGAUCCGGCGAUGCCAUCGAAAAUGCUGCCAACGCGAUCUGAGAAGGCGCGUAUACAAGCUCUGCAUCUGUAAGUCUUGAGGUACGAACAUGCUUCAUAGCUGUGUGAUAUGUUUCCUGUAGUCGAUCAAGUGGAAUGUCCGGAAGAUUCUGAAUAUCAAGAUAGAUGCCCCAAAGAGCUCUAUAAGCAUGCCAUAUUUUGAAUUCGAAAUUCAAGCUCUGUGCAACGAGAAAUUCAAGAUCGAGGACAUCUGAUGGUGAUGUCUUCGGAAUGGUAGCAGUAUAGUGCUCAAGUGAGAUAGGAUUGUUAGUGGUUUUCGUAGCCAGGAAUAAUGCCGUCAGCAUCACGUUUUUCGGAUGCCAGUCCAUGACUGUGUUCUUCAAGUAAAACCGCUUGAGGUACGAAAUGGCAGUGGCUUCCACCUCUUCCGGAAAGCGAAAGUGGCCACAGAGUUGACCAACCUUGCUAACAUACAAUUUGACCAAAAGGUAUUCCUCUUCUGCGGUCAAGAACGACACAUUAUCUGAAGAGCCAGGCAAAUCAAGUUCAAACGCAUUCUUAAUUGCGUUCACCGCCGCCUUGUUCAGUGAAGUGCGGAUGUCUCGGAGCUGUUCGGCAGAGUAUCGCCAAUGUCUGAACUGCGUGCUCCCCUCAAAUAUCGGUUUACGGGAGGUAGGCUGCGCGGAGUCUGUUUCUGAGGUAGCAGGCGGGACGGUCAUCACGACCGUGUGCCGCUUGACGACAACUAAGUGACCGCAGAGACGCUGAGUAGGACUGGUAGUGCU